UUUUUCUCUCUCUCCUCUCUCUCACAGUCUCUGCUCUCUCACUCUCUCAAUCUCUCCGGUCUCUCUCUCUCUCCCUUUCUUUUUCUUUGAUUUCUUCUCUGCUCAUCUUCUCUCUGCUCAUUUUCCUUUCACCUCUUCCCCUCUCGGAUCUCUCAGAUCUGUUCCCCCCCCCCCCCCCCCUCUCUCGAUCUAUUUUCUUUCUCUAAUUUCUCCUUCUAAUCUCAGAGACUAUUUUUUGUUAUACUGCUGGUGGAUCUACUCGAAGAAACGAAGUCCCAAGAGCCAUGGAUUUGAUAGGCCCAAUUUUGGACAUUGCAUCCCGCUUGUGGGAUGGCAUGUCGAAGUGUAGGGCCAACAUUUUUCAUUUGGAAGAAAAUCUCAACUCCUUGAGAAAUGAAAUGAGUGAACUGAAGAGAGCUUAUGAAGAUGUAAAGAUUCAGGUGGAAGUUGCAGAGGAGCAACAAAUGAGGCGUACUCGAGCAAUCGAUGGCUGGCUUUCUGAAGUAGAAGCCCUGGAAAAGGAAGUCAAUGGAAUUCUUGACGAGGGUAAUGAAGAAAUCCGGAAGAAAUGUUUGGGAGGAUGUUGCCCCAUAAAUUGUAGAUCGAGUUACAAGCUUGGAAAGAGAGUAAGUGCAAAGCUAAACUCUGUCGUUGAGUUAAAAAAGAAAGGACCAGUUAUUGAUGUUGUGGCUAACAGACUGCCUCGAAGUCCAGUGGAUGACCAACCCAUGGAGCAGGCUGUUGGUCUAGAUUCAGUAUUUGAUAGGGUUUGCGAACUCCUUAAUGAAGAGAAAGUAAGAAUUAUUGGGAUUUACGGAAUGGGGGGUGUCGGGAAGACGACCCUCACGAAGAAAGUUAAUAACGAAUUCCUCAAGGCGAGAUGUGAGGAGUUUGGCACAGCGGUUUGGGCUGUGGUAUCAAAACCGCUAGACGUGGAAAAAAUUCAACAAGCAAUUCUUAAUAAAUUUCAAGUCCCAGAGGAAGAGUGGAGAACUAAAAGCAUAAAUGAGAAAGCUACAAAAAUAUGCAAGAUCUUGCAAACAAAGAAGUACGUGUUGUUGUUGGAUGAUAUCUGGGAGCCACUUGAUCUCUUGAAUAUUGGGGUCCCUCCUGAUGACAAAAAUAAGUCCAAGGUGAUAUUUACGACUAGAUCAGAGGAGCUGUGUAGCCAAAUGGGCGCUGACCGGAAGAUUGAAGUGCAGUGUUUAAAGGGGGGAAAAGCAAUGGAUUUAUUUAAGUCAAAGGUGGGCGAGGAGACCCUGAGCGCUCAUCCAGAUAUUGAGAGGCUUGCAGAACGUGUUGCUGACGAAUGCAAGGGUUUGCCUCUUGCUCUCAUCACCAUUGGGAGAGCAAUGCUCGGUAAGAAGAAACCGGAGGACUGGGAGAAGGCAAUAAAAACGUUGAGGAAAUUUCCAUCGAAGUUUUCAGGUAUGGGGAGUCAUGUGUAUCCUGUAUUGAAAUUUAGUUAUGAUAGCUUGGAAGAUGAAACCAUAAAACUUUGUUUUAUUUAUUGUUCUAUAUUCCCCGAGGACUAUCGUAUGGAUAGAGAUGAUCUUAUCAAACUUUGGAUUGGGGAAGGGUAUUUUGACGAGAUUGAGGAGGGUGAAGAAAUCAUAAAAAGUCUAAAGUCUGCAUGUUUAUUAAUGGGGAGUGUUGAAGUGCGGGAUUUGACAGAAACAGUGUGCAUGCAUGACGUUCUUCGCGACAUGGCUUUGUGGUUGGGUUGUGAAUGCGGGUUGAAGAAAAACAAAAUUUUGGUACAAGAAGAAGAUGUUACAAAAUGGGAGGAGGCAGAGAAGGUGCACCUUCAAUUAAAAGGAACUAAUUUACUGGAAAAGGUUGACGUGUCAUUGUGUCCAAAUUUGCGGACUUUGAUUCUUGGAGAUGCUAAACUAAAUGCCUUUCCUAAAAUUGGUCCUGCCUUGACAGUUCUGGACAUAUCAGAUAAUGAGAAUAUAGAUGAGAUACCUUGUGGUAUAGGUGCGUUGGUUAGCUUGCAGUAUCUUAAUCUGUCGAGGACAAGAAUUGUAAGGUUGCCGCUGGAACUACAGAAUUUGACUAAGUUGAGAUGUUUUAUUAUUAAUAAAAUGUAUCGUAUGAAAGGAAUCAUACGAGGAGUGACAGCAAGUUUUUCUUCAUUACGAGUGUUUGAAAUGCAAGAUCACGAGGUUGCAUAUGAUUCUGAAUAUAUUUUGUUGGAAGAGUUGGAGUGCCUGAAGCACGUGGCAAUUACACAGAUCACCAUAAAAGCACACUCAUCGGCUCAAAAAUUUCUUAGCUCCCCAAAGUUACAGAGCUGCACAAGGCAUCUACAACUUUUAAAUUGUGCUGGUAUGACCUCCCUCAAAUUACAAUCAAGUAUGAGGAUCUACAAACUUGAGAUAGAGGAUUGUAAGGAAUUAAAAGAGGUGGCAGUUGUGGUGCCAAAUUCUGGAGAGGACAAGGAAAAGGAUAAUCCAAGUAUUCAUUAUAUUGUGCGAAUGUGGGAUGGAAAUAAUUGCGUCGCCAACCUUCGUGUCGUAACAAUUUGUUUUUGUCCGCUACUGGUGGACUUGAAAUGGCUCAUUUUUAUUCCCAACCUUCAAGUUCUCGGCGUAGCAUGGUGUGAGUCAAUUGAAGAAAUUAUACCGGGUGGCGGUGAUGGAUCAGCGGCUGCUGACAGCGAUAGGAACAGAGUAUUUUCAAGACUCACAAUUCUAGAGUUGUGGGAUGUACCCAGGCUGACGAGCAUCUAUGGGAAAUCCCUAUCCUUCCCUUCCUUGACGCAUAUUGAUGUUGUAGGGUGUCCAAAUUUAAAGAAUAUUCCAACGCCACAAAGAACAGUGGCAGUGCUCUAAAGCAAAUUGAGGAGAAGAAGAAUGGUGGGAUGCUUUGCAAUGGGAGGAUGAAGCCCACCAAGGCCCAUUUCUAACCAUAUUUCCAAAGAGUUUAAGUGAUCAAUUGAAGAAAUUUGCUGAAGAGUGAUGCUAUAUUAGAAACACAAAGGUGUUGGGUUAUUUUCUUCCAUGUGGAGGAAAACCCAAGUGGGCUUUAUUAGAAGACCAAAGCCCAACCCUUUUAGUGUGGAAAACCUAAAAGAAGUUGUAAAAAGAGAGGGGAGAAGAGAGGAGCCGUCACUUCUCAAAAUAAAGAGAGAAAAACGUGGUUUUUUCUCAUGCUACCCAGAUUUUAUCAAGACUCCGAUCUCGUUUCGUCUGUGGUCCGAUCGAGCUGAAAUUUGGAGGAGAGGUUCACGACUCAAGGAGUUACAAUCUGAACGGUGGAGAUCGGAUUUGGAGCUCGUGAGUUGGAGUUUUUGCCCGUGAACAGUAACCGCGAAUUUGGUAUAUUCUCUCUAAUUCUCUUUGUAUUUGCCAAGAUUGUAGAUAUCUUGAUGAGGGAUUUUUGUAUCCUAUAAUUACGAUUAGAGAAGAUUUUGUGUACCCAUUAUUUGAUUGUUAGUGGAGAUUUUAACUGGAUUAGGUCCCGUGGUUUUUCUUCCUCACACUGGGGAAGUUUUCUACAUAAAAAACUGCUUGCGUU